GCACUUCACUUCCACUCAGUCUCAGUGCUCACAGUCCUGCGCUAGAGACACACGCUACACACGAGCUGCUCCUUCCGUUGCGCGCUCAGCGGUCAUAGCGGACACUGCUGACAGAGUCAGUCCCCGUCGGGUGUUUCGUGCAGUUUCUUCUCCGGCUUGAGCAGUUUAAAAAGUCCGUGUUUUGGACUUUACGGUAUGUUGGGAGCCGUGAAGAUGGAAGGACACGAACACUCGGAAUGGAGCGCUUAUUACGCAGAGCCCGAGUGCUACACUCCAGUUGGAAACAUGAGCGGUGGACUGAAUUCAAUGAGCGCCUACAUGAGCUGCGCAGGCGGCGUGAACGUGCCGUACAUGCACGCGGGACUCGGCCACCCGGCUAGCGGCACGUGUACGGGGAUGACCCCUAGCGGGAGCCCGACCUCCGCUCACGCCCUGGCCGCUUCCUACCCGAACCUGAACUCGAGCGCGUGCGGCCAGGUUAGCGGCAGGCCCCGCGAUCCCAAAGCAUACAGGCGGAGCUACACGCACGCCAAACCGCCCUACUCGUACAUCUCACUGAUCACCAUGGCCAUCCAGCAGUCCUCAUCCAAGAUGCUGACGCUGAACGAAAUCUACCAGUGGAUCAUGGACCUGUUCCCGUUCUACCGACAGAAUCAACAGCGCUGGCAGAACUCGGUCCGCCACUCUCUCUCCUUCAACGACUGUUUCCUCAAGGUGCCCAGAUCACCCGACAAACCGGGUAAAGGCUCCUUCUGGACUCUACAUCCCGAGUCGGGCAACAUGUUUGAAAACGGAUGCUACCUGCGGAGACAGAAACGCUUCAAAUGCGAAAAGACUGAGGACAAGACCACAGAAUCGGAUAAGAAACCGCACAGCGACAAAGAAUCGUCUCGUCUUGAUGACUCUCCGACCAAAGACAUGAAAAGUUCCGAUCUGAAAGAUGUUAUAAAAGCGACGCAGUCUUUGAGUCCAGAACAUCAGACUCAUCAUCAGGACCAUCAUCUGGAUGAACAACAUCAUCAUCAUCAUCAUCAUCAUCCUCAUCCACAUCUUCUCGCUCAGCAUCACCCGGUACUCGGUCACGACUCGCACCUGAAACCGGGACACCAUUCCUACUCCUUUGACCACCCGUUCUCUAUCCACAACCUGAUGUCCUCUGAGCAGCAGCACCACCACAAAAUGGACAUGCUGAAGCCCUAUGAGCACGCCAUGCACUGUUCUGGCGGAUACGGAUCACCAAUGACUGGGUCACCCAUGCCACCGAUGAUGUCAGCGCGAGCGAGUGUAGAGCCCUCUGCGCUUCCUUCCGAGUAUUCUUACUAUCCGGGAUCCGCGUGCGUAAACAGGGCGUAAAUACGAUUUAAAAUAAUUUCAAAGUGGAUGUGAACUCAGACGCCCAAAUAAUAAUAAUAAUAAUAAUAAUAAUAAUAAUAAUAAUAAUCGUUCAAUUCAUGCUCGCGUUUUUUAAAAGUGGUAAAUACUUGUUAAAUAAUAUUUUCAACAAGGCGCACAAAAACAAACAAACAAACAAACAAACAAAACAAACAACUUAGACUAAAAACGGACGACAUUUCUUUUAGAGCUGCAUGAACGCAUCUUAUCUUCUUGCUCCAAUGGACUUCUACUUUUUCCCGGAAGUACAAUUUUUUCUUCUAUCCUGUUGUCAAACUAUUGUACAGGAUUUUAUGAUGGAUUAAAACUUCCAUGAGCCUUUGAGACAAGAAAAAAAAAAAACGAAUGGAAGAGAGUGUAGUCAUUUACUUUAUGUUCUUUAUGUUUAUACUGUAAUUUAUAAUUCUGAAAUUUGAUUGUGUAUAUGAAUGUAUCGUAGUUAAGAUGUCAUUAUUAAAUUUCGCACUGAAGUAUGA